CCCUGUCAUUCCGGAGCUGCCGGAGGCUCGCGGGUCUCAGACGCAUCCAGCCGCUGGGGCUGCAGCCUUGGCAUGGGCGCCGCGGGUCCGCUCUGGGUUUUCUUGGCUCUCGCCGUGCCAGGGGUCCUCGGUCAGUGUAAGUUCCUGCCAAGGUAUCCUUUUGCUAAGCCUAAAAUUCAGAGUGAUCAGUCUGAGUUUGCUGUUGGGACAACUUGGGAAUAUGAAUGCCUUCCUGGGUAUGUCAAGAGGUCAUUCUUUAUCACCUGCCUAGAGACCUCCAAGUGGUCAGAUGCUCAGCCAAUCUGUAAACGUAAAUCAUGUGUAAGUCCUAGAGAACUCCUCCAUGGCUUUGUCCUUGCACCCAGGGGUAUCGUGUUUGGGUCAACAAUUACAUAGUCUUGUGAUAAAGGAUAUCGACUCAUUGGUGACUCCUCUGCCACAUGUAUUAUCUCAGACAAUAUUGUAACCUGGGAUAAGGACAUGCCUUUUUGUGAAUCUAUUCCUUGUGAGUCACCCCCCGCCAUCUCCAAUGGAGACUUUUACAGCAGCAGUAGCGAGGACUUUUACUAUGGAAUGGUGGUUACUUAUAAGUGCCAUGUUGGACCGAAUGGGAAAAAGCUGUUUGACCUCGUGGGUGAGAAGUCAAUAUAUUGCACCAGCAAAGACAAUCGAGUUGGCAUCUGGAGCAGCCCUCCCCCUCGGUGUAUUCAUGUAGUCAAAUGCCCAAUUCCAGAAGUUGAAAAUGGAAUUAUGGAAUCUGGAUUUAGACGCUCAUUUUCCUUAAAUGAUUCUGUGAUGUUUAAGUGUAAGCCUGGCUUUACCAUGAAAGGCAGCAACACAGUAUGGUGCCAACCAAACAGCAAAUGGAACCCUCCACUGCCAAGGUGCUUCAAGGGGUGUCUACCACCUCCACAUAUCUACCAUGGUAAUUAUAACAAAUUGGAUGAGGAAUUCUUUGCAGUUGGACAGGAAGUGUCCUACAGCUGUGAGCCUGGCUAUAUUCUCAUUGGAACUAACCCUAUGCAGUGUACAUCCUUGGGAACCUGGAGCCAUCCAGCCCCCAAAUGUGAAGCAAAGUCAUGUGAUGCCAUUCCAAACCAACUUCUCAACGGUCGUGUGGUAGCUCCUCCUAAUCUCCAGCUUGGGGCAGAGGUUGCAUUUGUUUGUGAUAAGGGGUACCGGUUAAAUGGCCAAUCUUCUAGUCAGUGUGUCUCAGAAGGAAUGAGAGUACUCUGGAAUAAUAAGUUUCCUGUCUGUGAACGGAUUUUUUGUGACCCUCCUCCUCCUAUCAAAAAUGGGCGGAAUAGUUAUCAUUCUGGUUCCAUAGCUGUUAACGCUGUGGUGAGGUACAGCUGUUUGGGUGCCUUCCGCCUCAUUGGAGAAAGUAUUCUUUUUUGUAUAACUAAAGACAAAGUGAAUGGAAUCUGGGAUAAAGCUGCUCCUAUAUGUGAAUAUUACAAUAAAAAUUCUAUUUGCUCUGAGCCCAUAGUACCAGGUGGAUACAGAAAUAAAAUGUCUAGACCACCAUACAGACAUGGUGAUUCUGUGACAUUUACCUGUAAUACCAACUUCACCAUGAAAGGAAACAAAACUGUUUGGUGCCAAGCAAAUAAAACAUGGGGGCCAACACCACUACCAACCUGUGAAAGUGAUAUCCCCCUGGAGUGUCCAUCACUUCCCACAAUCGCCAAUGGGCAUCACACAGGGGAGAGUGUUGAUUCCUUUGCCCCAGGAUUGUCUGUGACCUACAGCUGUGAACCUGGUUACUUGCUUCUUGGAGAAAAGACCAUUCGCUGUUUGUCUUCGGGAGACUGGAGUGCUGUCACUCCCACAUGUAAAGAGGCACAGUGUGAACCUCCAGGACCAUUUCUCAAUGGGCAGUUAAAGAGGCCCACAAGUCUUCGGGUUGGUGCAACUGUGAACUUUUCCUGUAGUGAAGGGUAUCGAUUACAAGGCCAACCUUCUAGCCAGUGUGUAAUUGUUGGACAGCGUACUUUUUGGACCAAGAUGCCAGUAUGUGAAGAAAUUUUUUGCCCACCACCUCCUUCUAUUUUCAAUGGAAGACAUACGGGCAGCUCUUCAGUGAAUGUUCGGUAUGGAAGCACAGUCACUUAUACCUGUGACCGGGGCCCAGAGCAAGGAGUGAACUUCAUCCUCACUGGGGAGAGAACUAUCCAUUGUACCACUGAUAGUCAGAAGACUGGGACCUGGAGCGGCCCUGCCCCACGCUGUGAACUUUCUGUUUCUGAGGUUCGGUGCCCACCUCCCCAGAUCCUAAGAGGCCAAAUAUCAUCCGGGCAGAAAGAUCAAUAUUCCUAUAAUGACACUGUGGUAUUUGCUUGCGUAUUUGGCUUCACCAUGAAGGGCAGCAAGGGAAUCCGAUGCAAUGCCCAAGGCACAUGGGAACCAUCGGUACCAGUCUGUGAAAAGGAUUGUCAAGCUCCUCCUAAAAUCCUCCAUGGGCAAAAGGAAGAUAGACACAUGAUUCGCUUUGACCCUGGAACAUCCAUAAAAUAUAGCUGCGACCCUGGCUAUGUGCUGGUGGGAGAAGAAUCCAUACAUUGUACCUCUGAGGGAGUGUGGAUACCCACUGCCCCCACAUGCAAAGUGGCAGAAUGUGAACCUAUAGGAAAGCAAGUCUUUAAAAAACCCAAGAACCAACUUAUCAGACCAGAUGUCAACUCUUCUUGUGAUGAAGGGUACCGGCUAGGCGAGAGUGUUUAUCAGCAGUGUCAAGGCACAAUUCCUUGGUUUAUGGAGAUUCGUCUGUGUAAAGAUAUCACCUGCCCACCACCCCCUGUUAUCUACAAUGGAGUACACACAGGGAGUUCCUCAGAUGUCCUAUAUGGUACCACAGUCACUUACACAUGUAACCCCGGGCCAGAGAGAGGAGUGAAGUUCAACCUCAUUGGGAAGAGCACCAUCCGUUGUACAAGCAACGAUCAAGAGAUGGGCAUCUGGAGUGGACCCGCUCCUCUCUGUAAACUUUCCCUCCCUGCUGGACAUUGCCAAUCCCCGGUGCGCCUUACAUUCGCCAUGCCUACAGAACCGAUUGACAAAGAUGAGUUUCCUGUUGGGACAUCUGUGAAGUAUAAAUGCCGCCUUGGUUACUACGGAAGAGUGUUCUCUAUCACCUGCCUGCAAAACUCUGUCUGGUCAAGCCCUGAAAACAACUGUAGGCGUAAAUCAUGUGGAUCUCUUCCAGAGCUCAUAAAUGGCAAAAUGGACAUCAACAAAGACACCCAGUUUGGAUCAACUGUUAAUUAUUUUUGUAAUGAAGGAUACCGACUCAUCGGUCAAUCCUCUGCUGCAUGCAUCAUCUCUGGCAACUCUGUCAUCUGGGAUAAUGACCCACCUAUUUGUGAGAGCAUUCCUUGUGGGCCACCCCCAGCCAUCGCCAAUGGAGAUUUCAUUAGCACCAACAGAGAAUACUUUCAAUACGGAACAGUGGUGACUUAUCGCUGCAAUCUUGGAGAGAGAAGAAAGAAGCUGUUUGACCUCGUGGGUGAGCCGUCAAUAUAUUGCACCAGUGAAGACAAUCAAGUUGGCAUCUGGAGUGGCCCUCCCCCUCAGUGCAUUACACCUAAUAAAUGCACACCUCCAGUCAUUGAAAAUGGAAUAAGGAUGUCUGAGAACAAAAGCUUAUUUUCUUUACGUGAAAGCGUGAGGUUUAGGUGUCAGCCCGGCUUUGUCAUGAAAGGACCCUCCACUGUUGAAUGCCAGGCCCAAAACAAGUGGGGGCCGGAGUUGCCCAGCUGCUCUAGGGUAUGUCAGCCACCUCCAAAAGUCCUGCAUGGUAAACACACCCCAAGCCACAAGAACAACUUUUCUCCUGGGCAGGAAGUGUUCUACAGCUGUGAGCCCGGCUAUGAUCUCAGAGGGGCUGCUUCUCUGCAUUGUAUGCCCCAGGGAGACUGGAGCCCGUCAGCCCCCAAAUGUGCAGUGAAAUCAUGUGCUGACUUCCUGGACCAGUUACCUAAUGGACAUAUACUCUUUCCACUUAAUUUUCAGCUUGGAGCAAAAGUAUCCUUCACUUGUGAUGAAGGAUUCCAAUUAAAAGGCAGUUCUGCUAGUUACUGUGUCUUGGUUGGAAUGGAAAGCCUUUGGAACAGCAGCGUUCCUGUGUGUGAACAAAUCUUGUGUCCAGAUCCCCCUGAUAUCCUUAAUGGGAGACACACAGGAAAACCUCUGGAAGUCUUUCCUUUUGGAAAAGAAGUAACUUACACGUGUGACCCGCACCCAGAGAGAGGGAUGAUCUUCAGCCUCACCGGGGAGAGCACCAUCCGCUGUACCAGUGACAGUCAAGGGAACGGAAUUUGGAGCAGUCUCGCCCCUCGCUGUGGACUUCUGGGUCACUGUAACACUCCAGAUCAUUUUCAAUUUGCCAAGUUGAAAAUCCAGACCAAUGAAUCUGAGUUUCCCAUUGGGACAUCUUUAAAGUAUGAAUGCCGCCCUGAGUACCACAGGAAGUCAUUCUCUAUCACGUGUCUACAAAACCUCACGUGGUCAAGUGCCAAAGAUGUCUGCAAACGUAAAUCAUGUAAAACUCCUCCAGAUCCUGUGAAUGGUGUGGUGCACAUAGAUACAGACACCCAGUUCGGAUCCAGAAUCAAUUUUUCUUGUAAUAGAGGGUAUCAACUCAUUGGUCACUCAGCUGCUGAAUGUAUUAUCUCAGGCAAUACUGUCUUUUGGGAUUCAGAGCCACCAAUUUGUGAACGCAUUCGUUGUGGGCCACCCCCAGCCAUCACCAACGGAGAUUUCAUUAGCACCAACAGAGAAUACUUUCAAUACGGAACAGUGGUGACCUAUCGCUGCAAUCUUAGAGAGAGAAGAAAGAAGCUGUUUGACCUCGUGGGUGAGCCGUCAAUAUAUUGCACCAGUGAAGACAAUCAAGUUGGCAUCUGGAGUGGCCCUCCCCCUCAGUGCAUUACACCUAAUAAAUGCACACCUCCAGUCAUUGAAAAUGGAAUAAGGAUGUCUGAGAACAAAAGCUUAUUUUCUUUACGUGAAAGCGUGAGGUUUAGGUGUCAGCCCGGCUUUGUCAUGAAAGGACCCUCCACUGUUGAAUGCCAGGCCCAAAACAAGUGGGGGCCGGAGUUGCCCAGCUGCUCUAGGGUAUGUCAGCCACCUCCAAAAGUCCUGCAUGGUAAACACACCCCAAGCCACAAGAACAACUUUUCUCCUGGGCAGGAAGUGUUCUACAGCUGUGAGCCCGGCUAUGAUCUCAGAGGGGCUGCUUCUCUGCAUUGUAUGCCCCAGGGAGACUGGAGCCCGUCAGCCCCCAAAUGUGCAGUGAAAUCAUGUGCUGACUUCCUGGACCAGUUACCUAAUGGACAUAUACUCUUUCCACUUAAUUUUCAGCUUGGAGCAAAAGUAUCCUUCACUUGUGAUGAAGGAUUCCAAUUAAAAGGCAGUUCUGCUAGUUACUGUGUCUUGGUUGGAAUGGAAAGCCUUUGGAACAGCAGCGUUCCUGUGUGUGAACAAAUCUUGUGUCCAGAUCCCCCUGAUAUCCUUAAUGGGAGACACACAGGAAAACCUCUGGAAGUCUUUCCUUUUGGAAAAGAAGUAACUUACACGUGUGACCCGCACCCAGAGAGAGGGAUGAUCUUCAGCCUCACCGGGGAGAGCACCAUCCGCUGUACCAGUGACAGUCAAGGGAACGGAAUUUGGAGCAGCCUCGCCCCUCGCUGUGGACUUCUGGGUCACUGUAACACUCCAGAUCAUUUUCAAUUUGCCAAGUUGAAAAUCCAGACCAAUGAAUCUGAGUUUCCCAUUGGGACAUCUUUAAAGUAUGAAUGCCGCCCUGAGUACCACAGGAAGUCAUUCUCUAUCACGUGUCUACAAAACCUCACGUGGUCAAGUGCCAAAGAUGUCUGCAAACGUAAAUCAUGUAAAACUCCUCCAGAUCCUGUGAAUGGUGUGGUGCACAUAGAUACAGACACCCAGUUCGGAUCCAGAAUCAAUUUUUCUUGUAAUAGAGGGUAUCAACUCAUUGGUCACUCAGCUGCUGAAUGUAUUAUCUCAGGCAAUACUGUCUUUUGGGAUUCAGAGCCACCAAUUUGUGAACGCAUUCGUUGUGGGCCACCCCCAGCCAUCACCAACGGAGAUUUCAUUAGCACCAACAGAGAAUACUUUCAAUACGGAACAGUGGUGACCUAUCGCUGCAAUCUUAGAGAGAGAAGAAAGAAGCUGUUUGAUCUCGUGGGUGAGCCGUCAAUAUAUUGCACCAGUGGAGACAAUCAAGUUGGCAUCUGGAGUGGCCCUCCCCCUCAGUGCAUUACACCUAAUAAAUGCACACCUCCAGUCAUUGAAAACGGAAUAAGGAUGUCUGAGAACAAAAGCUUAUUUUCUUUACGUGAAAGCGUGAGGUUUAGGUGUCAGCCCGGCUUUGUCAUGAAAGGACCCUCCACUGUUGAAUGCCAGGCCCAAAACAAGUGGGGGCCGGAGUUGCCCAGCUGCUCUAGGGUAUGUCAGCCACCUCCAGAAGUCCUACAUGGUAAACACACUCCAAGCCACAAGAACAACUUUUCCUCUGGGCAGGAAGUGUUCUACAGCUGUGAGCCCGGCUAUGAUCUCAGAGGGGCUGCUUCUCUGCACUGUACGCCCCAGGGAGACUGGAGCCCGGAAGCUCCCAGAUGUGCAGUGAAAUCAUGUGCUGACUUCCUGGACCAACUUCCUAAUGGACAUGUGCUCUUUCCACUUAAUUUCCACCUUGGGGCAAAAGUGUCCUUCAUUUGUGAUGAGGGGUUCCAGUUAAAGGGAAGUUCAGCCAGUUACUGUAUCUUGGUUGGAACGAAAAGCCUUUGGAAUAACAGCGUUCCUGUGUGUGAACAAAUCUUUUGUCCAAAUCCGCUGGCUCUCCUUAAUGGGAACCACACAGGAACUUCUCUGGGAGGCAUUUCCUGUGGAAAAGAAAUAUCUUGCACAUGUGACCCCCACCCAGACAGAGGGAUGACUUUCAAUCUCUUUAGGGAGAGCACCAUCCACUGCACAAGUGACAGUCAAGGGAAUGAGGUUUGGAGCACCCCUGACCCUCACUGUGAACUUUCUGGUUCUGUUGGUCAUUGUAAAGCCCCUAAACAGUUUCCAUUUACAAAGCCUACAACCCUGACUGAUGAGUAUGAGUUUCCAGUUGGGACAUCUUUGAAUUAUGAAUGCUUCCUUGGGUAUUUUGAAAAUAUGUUCUCUAUCACCUGCUUAAAAAACUUGGUCUUGUCAAGUGCCAAGAUAUUUAGAGAUAUGAGAAAAUCAUGUGGAAAACCUCCAGAACCCUUCAAUGGUAUGGUGCAUAUAAACACAGAUAGCCGGUUUGGAUCAACAGUUAAUUAUUCAUGUAAUAAAGGGUAUCGACUCAUUGGUUCCCCUUCUGCUACUUGUCUCCUCUCAGGCACUAAUGUCACUUGGGAUAAGAAGGCACCUAUUUGUGAGAGUAUACAUUGUGAACCACCCCCAGCCAUAUCCAAUGGAGACUUCUACAGCAGCAAUAGAAACGUUUAUCAAUAUGCAACAGUGGUAACUUAUCAGUGUCACACUGGGCCAGAUGGAGAAAAGCUGUUUGACCUCGUGGGAGAACAGUCAAUAUACUGUACCAGCAAAGACAAUCAACUUGGUGUUUGGAGCAGCCUUCCUCCUCAGUGUAUUUCUGCUAAUAAAUGCACAACUCCAGAAGUUGAAAAUGGAAUUAGAGUGUCGGGAAAUAAGAGUUCACUUUCCUUAAAUGAGAUUGUGAGAUUUAGCUGUCAGCCUGGCUUUGUCAUGAGAGGGUCCAACACUGUGCAAUGCCGGGCCAACAACACAUGGGUACCUGAGCUGCCAAGCUGCUCCAGGGUAUGUCAACCACCUCCAGAAAUCCUGCAUGGUAAGCACAUCCCAAGCCACAAGGAUAACUUUUCCUCUGACCAGGAAGUGUUCUACAGCUGUGAGCCUGGCUAUGAUCUCAAAGGGGCUGCUUCUCUGCACUGUACAUCCCAGGGAGACUGGAGCCCAGAAACUCCCAGAUGUGCAGUGAAAUCAUGUGCUGACUUCCUGGACCAACUUCCUAAUGGACGUGUGCUCUUUCCACUUAAUUUCCAGCUUGGAGCAAAAGUAUCCUUCAUCUGUAAUGAGGGGUUCCGAUUAAAAGGCAGCUCUGCUUCUCAUUGUGUCUUGGUUGGAAUGAAGAGCCUUUGGAACAGCAGUAUUCCUGUGUGUGAACAAAUCUUUUGUCCAAAUCCUCCAGCUAUCCUUAAUGGGAAACACACAGGAACUUCUCUGGGAGACAUUCCUUAUGGAGAAGAAAUUGGUUACACAUGUGACUCCCACCCAGACAGAAGGAUGACCUUCAGCCUCACUGGGGAGACCACCAUCCGCUGCACCAGUGACAGUCAGGGAAAUGGGGUUUGGAGUGGCCCUGCCCCUCGCUGUGAACUUUCUGUUCCUAAUGCUUGUCCACAUCCACCCAAGAUCAACAAUGGCCACCACAUUGCAGGACAUGCCUCUCCAUAUCUUCCUGGGAUGACAGUCAACUACACCUGUGACCCAGGCUACAAGUUGGUGGGAAAGGCCUUCAUUUUCUGUACACACCAGGGAACCUGGAGCCUGUUUGAUCUUUAUUGCAAAGAAGUAAAUUGUAGCCUCCCACAGAUUAUGAAUGGAAUCCAGAAGGAACUGAAAAUGAGAAAAGUAUAUCACUCUGGAGAUAAUGUAACUUUGGAGUGUGAAGAUGGGUAUACUCUGGAAGGCAGUCCCUGGAGUCAGUGCCAGGAAGAUGACCUGUGGGACCCUCCUCUGGCCAUAUGUACCUCUCGCACGAGUGAUGAUCUCAUAGUUGAUGAAAAAUUGAAAGAAGCAGUUAUCCAUUUGCAUCCCAAAGAAGGCAGUGGUGUCCAUCCUCAUACUCUGCAAACAAAUCAGGAAAAUAUCAGUGUCCUUCCUUGACAAAGUACUAUAAAGCUGGAGAACACCUCCAAUUAAAAUGUUGAUUGGGA